AUGGAAAAGCCAAAUAAACUAUCACGCAUAUUGGAAGCAAUCCAGUCAAGCUUUUCAUCGGGUUCUGAUCGAACCAAGAACCGAAAACAAUCGUUUGCGUCAGAUACCGAAGUAACAAAACCUCAAUCGUUACCACACCAAAACACACCCUUCCCAGAGGAACUACUGACGCUGGAUGACAUCAAAGAUGAAGACCCCUGUUACUCAUGUCCAGACCCAUGCUCAUUACAUGCUCAAUAUCCAAGAUUUCUACGAAUAGAUCGAGAUUCUCCAUUAGAAGGCACCGUCAAACCAUACAUCAAACAUGUAGCAAUAUCAACCGGAAAAGAAGACUGGAGCAAGCACAUCGAAGACGCGGAAGGUUUGGCAUCGACCAUCAGUAAGCUAACAAAAGGUGAAUUGAAUAAAAGCAAAUCAAAAAAGACGUCGCCAGACUCGACUAACAACAACCAAUCGGAUCAACAAGCCCGCUCACCCGAUUCAAAACGCAAACCGCGCAUUAUAAUUACAAACUGCAGUCGCAAAUCAAACUCUGACAUCUUUUCCACAACGCAAGACGUCAUGUUAUUCCCCGAAUAUGUUCUAAUCCGAAACCUAUCUGUAAAGCAGGCAAAUCGAUUUUUCCAAUCUUACUUGUCGGUCAAUACACAACCCGCAGAGGUCGACGAAAAUGCUGAAAGUAUUAUAAGUUCCGAGAAAAUAACAAACAAAGCGAUAAUAUUUAUAUGCUCACAUGGGAGACGAGAUAAAAGGUGUGGAAUCACUGCCCCGCUUUUAAGAAACGAGUUUGAAAAAGUGUUGAAGGAGAAGAAAUUGGACGUUCAAUCAAGAAGCGAUGGUGUAGCUGUGUAUAUGUCUAGUCAUGUCGGAGGUCACAAGUUUGCUGGUAAUAUUAUAAUCUAUCGAGAUGGUCAGGGUAUCUGGUAUGGAAGAGUAAGUCCGUGCCAUUGCAAGGCGAUUAUAGAGAAGACGGUAAUCGAAGGAAAAGUCAUUAAAGAUCUCUAUCGUGGAUCCAUAAACGGGAGUUCCGGCACUGAUACUGUUAGCACUUCUGCGAAACGUUCGCAUAUUAGUAUGAUGGAUAUUGAUCAAGAUCGCGAUAGAAUUGCAAAAAGAAUGCGAGAGAUUAAGGCCCCUUCUAAGAUGGCAAAUCUCUCAGAAUUUCCAUCUUUGCAAAAAGAAAUUCAACUGCGUUGUGAUAGGCCCAACCAGGAAUAUCUCGCCAAGCCUGUCGUUCUCUACAAUCCUAUAUUUGAUCAGUUUCUUGCUGAAUGUGUGGAUGCCAGCGUGACAGAUCAGUUUUAUGGUGAUGUUGCAACAAUGUGUCUUUCUAUGUCUGAUUUCUUUCCUGAUGAACAUCAGCGGCGAAGGGUCUUUGUUCGUCAUUUCGAAGGAUUACUGGGGAUGAAAUGUCAACCAAUGAUGCAUUCAGAAAAUAACUCUUCCAAUGAUGGUGCAAUAGUUUAUGAUUUCUUGUCAUUCAGCAGUCCUACCCGGGCAGUGUUUAACCCUGGAACCGAUCGAAAGCCAUGUGACUAA